AUGGACUUUGAGCAAUCAGCCUUGAAGUCACAAUGCCAAGAAGAUUGUUCGUUGAUACAUGAACAAUUUGAUGAUGUUGUGCCCAUUCACAUGGACCUUGAAAAUGAUGGAAUAGAAACUGUAGCUGAUGAACAGUUGAAAGAUGGUGUGGACAAUUGCAGUUCCAAACUGAAGCUCAUAGAUGAAGAUGAAAUAGAAACAGUAGCUGAUGAACAGUUGCAAGAUGGUGUGGAAAAUUGCAGUUCCAAGUUGAAGCUCAUAGAUAAAGUUAAAAAUGUUGAGCAACCUAAGGAAGGGAUGCUAUUUGGCUCCAUAGAGGAACUUCAUGAGUAUUAUAGGAGUUAUGCAAAGCAAGAGGGUUUUGGGUGUAAGGCUACUUUGAAUGCAAAGUUAGUUGACACAAAGUGGUAUGUGACUUGUGUAACUAUUGCCCAUAAUCAUGCUUUAAGCCCUGGAAAAGCAAGAUAUUUUAGAAGCCACAAGAUUUUGGAUCCUUGUACGAAGCGAAAGCUUGAGAUUAAUGAUAGAGCUGGGAUACGCAUGAACAAGAUCUAUAACUCGCUAGCCGUUGAAGCGGGGGGGUAUGAGAAUCUUACUUUUGGAGAGAAAGAUUGUCGCAAUUAUAUUGCAAAGGCAAGACAUCUACGCCUUGGCACAGGAGGUGCUGCAGCAUUGUAUGACUACUUUUGUAGAAUGCGGAAAGCUAAUGAUGAUUUCUACUUUGAUAUUGACAUGGAUGAUGAAUGUAGGAUGAAAAAUGUGUUUUGGGCUGAUGCACGAAGUAGGGCAUCGUAUGAAGUUUUCGGGGAUGUGGUUACAUUUGAUACAACAUACUUGACGAAUAAGUACGAUAUGCCAUUUGCUCCUUUUGUUGGAGUAAAUCAUCAUGGUCAAUCAAUACUUUUUGGGGCGGCAUUAAUCUCAAGUGAGGACACAACGACAUUUGUAUGGUUGUUUGAGGCAUGGUUGAAAUGCAUGAAGGGCCGAGCGCCAAUGGCAAUUAUUACAGAUCAAGAUAGGGCUAUGAAAAAUGCAAUUAAUAAGGUCUUCCCGAAUGCCCGACAUAGAUUUUGUUUAUGGCAUAUAUUGAAAAAACUUCCAGAGAAAUUUGGAUCACAUUCACAGUACAAUGCCAUUAAGAGUGCCAUACGAAGUUGUGUGUAUGAUUCUCAGACAUGUGAUGAGUUUGAUGCAAGCUGGCAGAAUUUACUUAAGAGUUAUAAUUUGGAGGAUAAUGCAUGGCUGCGUGAUUUAUACAAGGAACGAACUUUCUGGGUACCGGCAUAUUUGAAAAGUGUAUUUUGGGCCGGCAUGAUUACCACACAAAGGAGUGAAAGUAUAAAUUCAUUUUUUGAUGGUUAUGUGCACUCAUCAACCUCUUUGAAGGAAUUUGCGGAUCAAUACGAUAACGCUUUGCGAAAGAGGGUUGAGAGUGAGAAUGUUGCUGAUUUCAAUUCUUUUAAUUCCACGAUUCAGUGUGUGAGCAGAUUUUCCUUUGAGAAGCAAUUUCAAGAACUUUACACGCAUAACAAGUUUAAAGAAGUUCAGGAUGAGAUAAGGGAGUUGAUGUAUUGUGAUUGCUCUCUUCUAAAAAGUGAAUGUGGAAUUUGUGCAUAUCAAGUGAUUGAACGAGUACAAAUUAAUAGCUCCUACAUGAAGAAAUUAUGCUUUACCGUUUACUAUAGUGAACCUUCAUGUGAAGUGAAUUGCAGUUGUUGUUUGUUUGAAUCAAGAGGAAUUUUGUGCAGACAUGUCAUAUCUGUACUUAGCAAACUUGAUGAUGUUUUGUUGUUGCCAGAAAAAUAUUUUUUAAAACGAUGGAGGAAGGAUUUGAAGCAGCCAUAUAAGUUAAUCAAAAGUAGUUAUGAUCCUUUGAGUGGCAACCCUAGUGCAGAUCGAUAUGCUGAAUUGUGCAAAUAUAUGUGUGCGUUAGCUGCAAUCGCAGCACCAAACGUGGACCAUUACACGGAAUUGAAGAAUGAUAUUGAUGUGCUAACUAAGAAAUUUAGUGAUUUAAGUUGUGUACCAAGUCCACCUUUCCAAUUACUCCCAAGUGCAUCUACAACCGGUAGUUUGGCCAUUGAUUGUACGGCGGUGGAGAUUCAUAGUCCUCACGUGGCUCGAAUUAAAGGGAAGCGAGUAUCAAAUAGGACGAUGUCUGCAGUUGAAAAAGCGGUUGUCAAAAAGGCAGGAGGAAACAAGAAGAAACAGAGUGAUACAAAUCCCAAUCAACAGGUGAAAAAAGAAGAAGAAGGUAUUCAUUGUACUUGA